AUGACCACCUGCUGGCUUGGUAUUUUAGACAUCAACGCAUUGAGUUCAUCAUGGAAGGGGUCCUUACUGUUGUCCUCAGCGGUUUCCGUAGAUGCCUAUCGCGCAGCCACCUACUUUGCUCUCAUCAGCAUCGCCGCAGUAUAUGGUGUAAUUUUCGAUGCUGAUGACGGGCCGAUCUCUCAUGCGUGUUUCCUGCAUUGCAACAAAGGGCACACAGAGAUAGGGGCACUUGCAGAGGCCUGGACAAGGCGGCAGUUGAUCUCUGAGGUUAUGGGCUUUGGCGAUGUGCUGGACGACAGCACUUUCGCAAUGUAUGGGAAUCUUUCGCCAUAUAACAGUGCAAGUUAUAUAGCUCCCCGCAACAUCAACAGCAGAUUGGGCGAGGGCACCACUACCACCAGGACUGUCAAGCUCUGGUUCGCUCGCUUCGCAAGCGAAAACACCGACUUCGAAGAGAAGCCCCGGUCGGGACGCCCUCACACUGUCGGCUCCGCCAUUCUUGACGCUGUUAAAGAGAAUCCGGAGAUCAACACCCGCGGUCUUGCGGGCCCUCGACUACAGAAAAGUGCUGGCUCUAUGGAUCCUUCACAGCUCAAUUCUUGA